CCGGAGCCACAGCCAGGUGACCUUGGCAGGCAGAGCCGGGCUGCGCCCGCCGCCGGGGAAGCUGGGUGGGGAGACGGCCGAGAUGGUGGAGGACGGCGGCGAGGAGGAGGCGGAGGGGGAGAGCGGGGAGAUGCCGGCGGCCGCGGCCCCGCUGCAGCGCUGCAAUGGCUUCCUGCCCGGCAAGGAGGCGGCGGGCGGCGGCAGGGCGGCCCCGGCGGGCGGCGGGGAGCAGGCGGCCCCGGAGGCCGAGGAGAUGCUGGCGGCGGGCGGCGUGCGGCGGGAGGCGCGGCUGGAGACGCGGCUGUCGCGGCGGCGGCUGGCGGUGCUGGCCGUUUUCAGCUGCUACUCGCUGGUGAACGCCUUCCAAUGGAUCCAGUACAGCAUCCUCAGCAACGUCUUCGCCGGCUUCUACGGCGUCUCCUUCACGCAGAUCGACUGGCUGUCCAUGGUGUACAUGGUGGCCUACGUGCCGCUGAUCCUGCCGGCCACCUGGCUGCUGGAUGCCCGCGGGCUGCGCCUCACGGCGCUGCUGGGCGCGGGGCUCAACGCGCUGGGCGCCUGGCUCAAGUGCGGCAGCCUGGCCCCCCAGCGCUACCCGCUCACCCUGGCCGCCCAGGCCGUCUGCGCCGUCGCCCAGGUCUUCAUCCUGGGGCUGCCCUCCCGCAUCGCCUCCGUCUGGUUCGGCCCCACCGAGGUCUCCACCGCCUGCGCCGUGGCUGUGCUGGGCAACCAGCUUGGUACUGCAAUUGGCUUUUUGUUGCCGCCUGUUUUGGUCCCAAAUACACCGAAUGAUAUUGAUCUUAUGGCACAUAACAUCGGCAUCAUGUUCUACGGAACAGCGAUAGUGUCCACACUUUUGUUCUUCUUAGCAGGAGUUGUGUUUGAAGAGAAGCCCAAAUACCCUCCCAGUCAUUCUCAAGCAGUCCUGCAAACUAAACCUCCUGAGGAUUACUCCUACAAGCAGUCCAUUAUUAACUUGUUCAAAAAUAUUCCAUUUAUACUUUUGCUAAUCAGUUAUGGUAUUAUGACUGGGGCAUUUUAUUCUGUCUCCACAUUAUUAAACCAGAUGAUAGUAACUCAUUAUGAGGGAGAAGAAGUGAACGCUGGGAGAAUUGGCUUGACUCUGGUGGUGGCAGGAAUGGUGGGUUCGAUUAUUUGUGGUUUGUGGCUGGAUUACACUAAAACAUACAAGCAAACUACUUUGAUUGUUUACAUUCUCUCUUUCAUUGGGUUGCUGGUAUUUACCUUCACCCUGGACCUCGGAUACCUUAUAGUAGUGUUCGUGACUGGAGGAGUGCUUGGGUUCUUCAUGACUGGUUAUCUUCCACUUGGGUUUGAAUUUGCUGUGGAAAUUACAUAUCCAGAGUCUGAAGGCACUUCCUCAGGUCUCCUUAAUGCAUCAGCACAGAUAUUUGGAAUUGUCUUUACACUUGUUCAAGGAAAGCUCACAACAGACUACAGUCCUCGUGCAGGAAACAUCUUUCUUUGUGCUUGGAUUUUUGUGGGCAUUAUUUUAACAGCCUUAAUAAAAUCAGAUUUGCGAAGACACAAUGUGAAUUCAGGGAUAAUGAACUUGGACGUUAAAGCUGUACCAGUUGACAGUCCUGUAGAAUCUGAAAGCACUACAUUAAAGAUUCAGUCAGCUUUAUGAAGCUGACAGAAGGUGACUCAGCAACGCACAAGAGUGGUUAGAUAUGGACGAUACGAGCUAGUGUAAUCACUGGAUUUGUGUGUAUGAGUAGUGAAAUGUGUUUGUUUAUACUGGUGGUAGCUGUGUACUGGAAGCUAUGAAGAUGCUCAGUUCAUUUUGCUCAAGAUGCAAUCAAUUCACCUUUGUAUGGAAUAUUUAUUGUAACAUUUCCAAGUCUUGCAGUUUCAUUAGUAAAGAACUGUGUGAACACUCUC